AUCGAGUUUUAGAGGGCUAAUCAAAACUUGCUCCUGUGAGGAUUCUAACAGGCAAUAAGGAGUUUCCUUUGUCACUGUUUUGUCGUUAAUCGCCUUUUCCAGCUCAGAACGUGUCCCGAGUGUGAAAUGAGCUAAAAGACAAACGGCCAAAUUGAAAAAAAUACGACUUUCUUUUUGUGGGACCGGUGGCCGGUGCUCUUGAUGGGCUAGAGGGUUCGAUCGGGUCUACCUUACAACCCUCUCAAUCCCGGUGGCCGACCUUUUUUUCACGUAUAAUUAUGAGUUAUGGUAGGAACACGGCCAGGCUCGAAGCUAUGAUUUCCCUUAAAGUCGGCAACAUAACCUACCGGACGACUUGUGACGACCUAAAGCUCAUCUUCGGCAAGUACGGUCACGUUGGAGACGUCUACAUACCUAAAGACAGAUUCACCAGAGAAAGCAGGGGAUUCGCAUUUGUCAGGUUUUAUGACAAAAGGGAUGCCGAGGACGCGUUGGACGCGAUGGACGGCCGCAUGCUGGAUGGAAGGGAGCUGAGGGUACAAAUGGCGAGGUACGGACGUCCCAGUUCGCCGUACCGCCGUGGAGGAAGAUCCAACCGUCGAAGAAGGAGGUCCAGAAGUAGGUCAAGAUCACGCUCUCGUUCACGAAGGCGUUCUUACUCUAGAUCACGCUCUCGUUCGAGGUCCGACAGCAAGAGCUCAAGGGGGAGGUCACGAUCACAUUCCAGAUCACGUUCUAGAUCCAGUUGUUCCUUACAGUACAAACAAGAAAGCAAGAUAAGAGAGAUCACUAGGCGUUGUGAACACGGAAACUAGUACCCAUAAAAGGAUCCUAUCAUCAUUGAUUUUAUUAUGAAAUAAACGUGAUGCCUGUUUUAAUAUUUGCUUAAGAUCUCUUGGACUUCACAUUCUUUAUUAGUCUUCAAUAUUUUGGUAUUGUAAACAAAAAACUUUUUGACUUGGCUACCAUAUUACAAAAAAUAAUAUCCUUAUACCAUAUAAUGAUAA